GCUCGGAAGCGCAGCGAUGGUAAACAUGGCGGCCAAGGCGCUCCGGCAGCGCAGCAGGCGAGGAAGCAGGCAGGAUGCAAACAACAUCCCCGCAGAAACCCGGCCGCCAAAGGAGGAGAAAGUCGUCGAGGACAGUAAGGUCACAGAGACUCGACAGGAGUCAAUAAGCCGCGGAGGGCAGGUAUGGGCUCCAGAAGGAUCAACGGCGUUUAAAUGCCUCCUUUCUGCACGCUUCUGUGCAGCGUUGCUCAGCAACAUCUCAGACUGCGACGAGACGUUCAACUACUGGGAGCCUAUGCACUACCUGUUGUACGGGACGGGGAUGCAAACAUGGGAAUACUCUCCGCUCUACGCCAUCAGGUCCUAUGCUUAUUUAUGGUUACACGCCCUUCCCGCUUGUUUACAUGCCCAUGUCCUCCAAACAAACAAGGUGUUGGUGUUCUACUUUGUACGAUGUGUCUUAGCGUUCUGCUGCUGUGUCUGUGAACUCUAUUUCUACAAGGCCGUCUGCAAGAAGUUCGGCCUGCAUGUGGGUCGUCUGAUGUUGGCGUUCCUCGUCCUGAGCACCGGGAUGUUCUGCUCAUCUGCAGCAUUCCUGCCAUCCUCCUUCUGUAUGUAUACAACCCUGGUCGCCAUGACCGGCUGGUUUCAGGACUCGACGCCGUUAGCCGUUAUGGGCGUGGCUGCCGGCGCCAUCAUCGGAUGGCCUUUCUCAGUUUUGAUUGGGGUUCCCAUCGCCUUCGACCUGCUGCUGAUGAGGAGGGAGUGGAAGAGUUUCAUGACCUGGUCAGUUCUCGCGCUGCUUCUGCUGCUGGUUCCCCUGGUGGCCGUGGACUCUUUCUUUUAUGGCAAACUAGUCAUAGCGCCACUCAAUAUCCUACUGUACAACGUCUUUACGCCACAUGGACCCGAUCUGUAUGGAACUGAACCGUGGCAUUUCUACUUCCUGAACGGGGUCCUGAACUUCAACCUGGUGUUUGUUCUGGCUCUGUUUUCCCUGCCGCUCACCGCCCUGAUGGAGACGCUGCUGCACCGCUUCAACGUGCAGAACCUGGGCCGUCCGUACUGGCUGACGCUGUCUCCCAUGUAUCUGUGGAUGCUGGUUUUCUUCACCAGACCUCACAAGGAAGAGCGCUUCCUCUUCCCCAUCUACCCCCUCAUCUGCCUCAGCGGGGCGGUGGCGCUGUCCUCCUUACAGAAAUGCUACCACUUCCUGUUCCAGCGGUACCGGCUGGAGCACUACACCGUCUCCUCCAACUGGUUGGCUCUGAGUGCCGUGGUCGUCUUCACGGUGGCGUCGCUCUCUCGCUCGGUGGCCCUCUUCAGAGGCUACCACGCCCCCCUGGACCUCUACCCCGAGUUUCACCGCAUCGCCAAGGAUCCCACGCUGCACUCGGUCCCUGAAGGCAGACCGGUCAGCGUGUGUGUCGGUAAAGAGUGGUACCGCUUCCCCAGCAGCUUCCUUCUACCCCACAACUGGCAGCUUCACUUCAUCCAGUCUGAGUUCAGAGGGCAGCUUCCCCAGCCGUACGCCUCGGGUCCCGGGGCCACGCAGGUCGUCCCUGCUAACACCAACGACCAGAACCUGGAGGAGCCAUCUCGAUACAUGGAUGUAAAGCAGUGCCACUACCUGGUGGACUUUGACACGGAUGAAGUCGCUCCUCUCGAACCACGUUACUCGGCUAACAAAGAGGAGUGGAACAUCAUCGCUUAUAAACCUUUCCUUCAGGCAUCAAGGUCGUCUCCUCUCUUCAGAGCGCUCUACGUCCCGUUUAUAUCGGACCACCACACCACCUACAGGCGCUACGUCAUCCUGAAGCCUCGGCGGCAAAAGCAGCCUCGCAAGCGGACCCACGGCUGACGUUCGGACCUCAGAGCGCCUCCCAAUACCAACCCCCUCUUUCAGGAGAAGUCGAUCGCUUCCUCUCGGGACAGCUGAUGAAACUAAUGAAGAGAUCUGACCCCUUCUCAAAGGCCUCGCGCGGUUCUGGGGUCGUGUGACGAGAAGAUGCUGUGUUCAGGUGUGAUUGGCCGACAUCAGCUGGACAUCCCCCUACUUUUGUUUCUGUGUGGUAACGAAUGUCUCUCAGGGCCCCCCCCCCCCCCCCCCCCCCCCCCACGACCGGCCGUGACGCACACAUCCACGUGUUUCUCUUCAUAUUGUACUUGAAAAUGUGGCCUCGGUGGACGACUUCAUCUGAACAGUCUUGUCGCUGCGCUCGUCUCCACAUGGACAAAGUACGACUGGUGAGGGGUGAAAACCAGGGUGUGUCAUUCAUCUACGUUGGAAAGUUAAUAAUAAAAACUUGAUUUACUGUGAGUGCAGGACUUUUUCUU